GUUUUACUAGGACAACGAAGAUUAUAGGGAGAUCUUUGCAUGGAAACCUGGGUGCAAACCCUAUACAAUCCCUUGAUUUACUCUUAUAAGCAACGAUGAAGAUCAAGGCUCUAUCUCGAUCGGCGCUCGCGCAGCAGCCGCCUGGCUCCGAUGCUCCAAAACUGCCUCGUAACCUCGAUCCAAAACUCCACCCCUUUGAGAGAGCUAGAGAAUACAAGAGGGCCCUAAAUGCUGUCAAAUUGGAGCGGAUGUUCGCUGCGCCAUUCCUGUGCCAGCUGGGCCGUGGACAUGUUGAAGGCAUUCAAAGCAUGGCAAAGGACCCCAGUUCUCUGCAACGCUUCGCAAGCGGUUCCGCAGAUGGUGUCGUCAAAGUAUGGGAUCUGAGUACUAGAGAACAAAUCUGGAAUACGACCGCCCACGAGAACUUGGUCAAGGGUAUGACCUGGACGAAAGACAGCAAACUGCUCACGUGCGCAGCGGAUCGAUCAAUCAAGCUCUUCGACCCAUACAACACGGAGAAUGAUUCGGUCCCGAUCUCUACGUGGCUCGGGUCGAACGCUUUUAAUUCCGUAUCGCAUCACCGUUCUCGGAAUGCAUUUGCGGCUGCCUCGGAGGUCAUAUCCAUCUAUGACCUCGAACGACACACCGCUGCUCCCGAGGUCAUCCAGUGGCCCUCCUCGACAGACUCGAUUACCGACGUAUGUUUCAACCAGGUUGAGACGUCGAUAUUGGGCUCAGUCGCAACAGAUCGGUCCAUAGUGCUGUACGAUUUACGUACAUCGACGCCUAUAUUGAAGACUGUCCUCAAUUUCAGUUCGAAUAAAAUCGUCUUUAACCCCAUGGAGGCGAUGAACUUGGCAGUUGCAAAUGAAGACCACAAUAUCUAUAUCUUCGACAUGAGGAAAUUCGACAGGGCACUGAACGUCCUGAAGGAUCAUGUGGCAGCUGUGAUGGAUGUUGAGUUCUCGCCUACCGGAGAGGAGCUAGUCUCUGCAUCAUACGACAGGACAAUCCGCUUGUGGAACCGCGAUAAGGGGCAUUCUCGUGACAUUUACCAUACAAAGCGUAUGCAACGAGUUUUCUGCUCUAAAUGGACCCCCGACUCUAAGUACAUCCUGACGGGGUCUCAGGACGGGAACAUCAGGCUAUGGCGCGCAAACGCAUCCGAGAGGCAGGGGAUCAAGUCCGCCCGCCAACGCCAAGCCCUCGAGUACAACGAGGCCCUGUCGGAGCGGUUCGGGCACAUGCCCGAGAUCAGGCGGAUCAAGCGUCACAGGCACAUUCCCACGGUGGUCAAGAAGGCGCAGCAGAUCAAGAACGAGGAGCUCGCGGCGAUCAAGAGGAAGGAGGAGAACGAGCGGAAGCACACCAAGAAGCAGUUCGAGAAGCGGAAGAGCGAGAGGGAGAAGAUGGUCUUGGCAAGGCAGAAGUAGGGUUUGCCCAGGUAACAAGGCUACUUGUUAUUCAUUGUCCCCGGGCUGCUUGUUUUGUUGCUUACGGCGUAGUUGCUGCAUUGCAAGGCGUUUUCGGGGGGUCAGAGAGACUAGUUAGUGUAGGGAAAAUCGAGCAAACUCAAGACCUUCAAGGAUAGUUGGAUCGCGGAGCUUUGCACACCUAGUUUGUUCUGAUAACGGCUCUUCUGGUCACGUCAAAAGGCUCGUCACUCAUUUCGUUCGUAAGCAGCUUGCUAACUAGAAGAGCCAGUCUCCAGCCAGAGUUAGUCCUCCUGCUGCGAGACACGACGUAAAAAAUACAAGCAGC